CGUUUAGUUAUGCCUUACUCUGUGACAUAUUACAGAAAGACUGGAAGUUCCAUACAUUUUAAUUGGCUUUAUUCCUCUGUUCCUGUUUAUCUAAUUAAGGUAAAUAUGGAAAUUCAUACAUUAUAUGCUGCAAAAUAUGAGCUGAAUAAAGCAUAUAAAAAAUGCAGAGAAUUUAAAAAAAUGGAACCACUGACCAAUCAUGGCACCUACAUUUGAAUUCUAGAACACAAUGUUACCGUGACAACUCUGAUGUCAUCAUUCUGAAGUUAUAAAUUGUGCUGUAGGCACCAGUACCACUUCAAAACAAAUCUGAUUUCGAACGAGACGCAUCUCAAAAUGACUUGGCUUUCUCUGAAGUGCUUUAGGCCGCCAGCGGUACCAAACAAUGCUGGGGAGGCUAUAGAAAGGAAGGAAAAAGGAAGAAAGAAAAAGAAAUCCUGGCUGAAGAAGUUUUUUGAAAAAAAAAUUAAAGGAAAAAAGGCAAUGGUGGUGGAGAGCCAGGCAGUGGAGGAGGUGGUGCUGGAGAGCCAGGCAGUGGAGGAGGUGGUGCUGGAGAGCCAGGCAGUGGAGGAGGUGGUGCUGGAGAGCCAGGCAGUGGAGGAGGUGGUGCUGGAGAGCCAGGCAGUGGAGGUGGUGGUGCUGGAGAGCCAGGCAGUGGAGGAGGUGGUGCUGGAGAGCCAGGCAGUGGAGGUGGUGGUGCUGGAGAGCCAGGCAGUGGAGGUGGUGGUGCUGGAGAGCCAGGCAGUGGAGGUGGUGGUGCUGGAGAGCCAGGCAAUGGAGGAGGUGGAGGAGAGCCAGGCAAUGGAGGAGGUGGAGGAAAAGUGCAAGGCAAUGGAGGAGGUGGAGGAAAAGUGCAAGGCAAUGGAGGAGAUGGAGGAAAAGUGCAAGGCAAUGGAGGAGAUGGAGGAAAAGUGCAAGGCAAUGGAGGAGAUGGAGGAAAAGUGCAAGGCAAUGGAGGAGAUGGAGGAAAAGUGCAAGGCAAUGGAGGAGAUGGAGGAAAAGUGCAAGGCAAUGGAGGAGAUGGAGGAAAAGUGCAAGGCAAUGGAGGAGAUGGAGGAAAAGUGCAAGGCAAUGGAGGAGAUGGAGGAAAAGUGCAAGGCAAUGGAGGAGGAGAUGGAGGAAAAGUGCAAGGCAAUGGAGGAGGAGAUGGAGGAAAAGUGCAAGGCAAUGGAGGAGGAGUGCAAGUAUUGGUGGUGGAGUGCAAGGAUUUGUGAAGGAGAGGCAAUGGCGAAGGAAAGAAAAGCAAUGGCAAAGGAAAGAAAAGCAAUGGCGAAGGAAAGAAAAGCAAUGGCGAAGGAAAGAAAAGCAAUGGCGAAGGAAAGAAAAGCAAUGGCGAAGGAAAGAAAAGCAAUGGCGAAGGAAAGAAAAGCAAUGGCGAAGGAAAAAGCAAUGAUGGAGUACAAGGCAAGGGAGAUGAUGCAAGAUGAGGAAGCCAGUAGUGGAUGAGACUGAAGAGAACAUUGACUAUCAGUACUAAAAUAUGUAAAUAUUUGUAAAUACUUGUAAAUAAAGCAUUAAAAAUGAA